CAAACCUUUAUAUAUGAAGGAUCAAAAUAGCCUAGCUCUCAUACAUUAAGUACCAUUUUGAUCAUUUUCUUUUGUCGAACCAAAUCAGCUUACACUGUUAGCGAAGUUUCAGUCAAAUUUUCUCCUUUGUGCUGCAAAAUCUUGGGUUUGACGUUGUUCCAAUUUUCUAUCCUAGGUUGUCCUCGAACAAGUUUUCAUUAUGAAGCGUUUCUUGAAAAAAUUCACCAUUGGAGGGGCUAGGGAGUUUUCUAUGCAAAAUUCAAGAAAUCCAAAAACCCAAAGCCUCAAAAUUGAAGGGAUUAAAGAUAUUAUAGCAGUUGCUUCUGGGAAAGGUGGUGUUGGCAAGUCCACUACUGCUGUUAAUUUGGCUGUUUCACUUGCCAAAAGGUGUCAACUUAAAGUUGGGUUGCUGGAUGCGGAUAUUUAUGGGCCUUCAAUUCCUUUGAUGAUGCACCUCAAGGGAAAGCCAGAACUGAGCAACGAUAGGAAGAUGAUUCCAAUUGAAAGUUAUGGAGUUAAAUGUAUAUCGAUUGGAUCUCUUGUAGACGAAAGGGAAGCAAUUGUGUGGAGAGGGCCUAUGGUAAUGAAAGCCCUUGAACAGUUGACAAGGGGAGUGGAUUGGGGGAUCCUAGAUGUUCUUGUGAUAGAUAUGCCUCCCGGUACUGGUGAUACUCAGAUAUCAAUUUCCCAAAGGCUACAAUUAUCAGGAGGGUUGAUUGUUUCGACUCCUCAAGAUGUUGCUUUACUGGAUGCUCGCAGAGGGGUUAAAAUGUUCUCCAAGGUUAAUGUUCCGAUACUGGGAAUUUUGGAGAAUAUGAGCUACUUUAAAUGCCCAAAAUGCAAUGAAUCGUCCUUUAUCUUUGGUCAAGGAGGAGCUCGGAAAACAGCUGAGGAGAUGGGUCUGAAAUUUCUUGGUGAGAUACCACUUGAAGUGGAGAUCAGAAGCGGUUCCGACGAAGGUGUUCCCAUUGUUAUGUCAAACCCUGAUUCUGUAAUCUCUCAAGUAUAUGGCAAUGUGGCUGAAAAAGUUGUCAUGAGGCUUGAAGAGGUAGAUAAGGAGCAACACUUCAGGCCAGAUAUAUCUCUUUAAAUGCGUUGAUCAAGCUCUCCACCAACUUGAGUGUAAUAGUAACUACUAGAAUCCAACCCUUCUAACAAAAUCAGAGAAAAAUCUAGUUGGCUCUGAAUAUAGAGUUAAAGGAAGUCCAUUAUCAGGAGAAGUUGUGACGCCGAUGUGCUUGCUGGGAGGGAGCAAUCUUGUUGACUUACUGAGUUAUCACUCAACAAUUAACACUAACUGAAAGUUGCAGGAAUGAUGAUGUAUCUUUUAGCUAAUUGAACCCAUCUUUUCAACAUGAAAAGAUAAUAUUUACAUAUGAUGAACAUAGCGUGGAUUGACAAGGUUUAGUCAUUCUCAUCUUUCUAGGAAAAAAAAGAGAAAUCAAAGAUUUUUCAUGUAUUGGAUUCCUUAUCUUUUAUUCUUCCAAAUUUGAAUGCUGCUUGUAUUUGUUAGUUGGAUUGGAUAGUUCAAUUUUGUGUUGGUUUUAGUAUGGGAAACUUGACUCCUUUUUUGUCAAAUGAUAAGAGUACAACAGUAUGGGAUCACAAUUUUCUUA